AUGAUGAAGGCUUCAGAGCCUCCACCAAACGCAGGAAUGGAGUCAGGCAGCAUCCAAACCAGCCCUCUGUCUCUAAAGCAGUACAUUAAGCAAGGUAUCAAGCGGUUGUAUCAGCAGCAAGAGCUCUGCGACGUCACCUUGGUAGCCGAAGGGAAAAGAUUCCCUUGCCACAGGACGCUCCUGGCCUCCGUCAGCCUCUACUUCCAGCGCAUGUUCUCCAGCACCUUCCGGGAAUCUCGGGAGAGCGAGAUUGUGCUCAUGGAUUUGCCUGCCACUUCCCUCCAGACCCUGCUGGGUUACGUCUACACAGGAGCGCUGCCCUUCCAGGAACAAGAGGCGGAAGAACUCUUCGCAGCGGCCAGCAGGCUCCAAAUAGCGUCCGCACUCGAGGUUAUCACCAGGUUCUUCAGAGGGAGGAUUUCCGUCUGGAACUGCCUGGAGCUCUAUGUCCUGGCACAUUCCCAUAACCACCGUCCUCUUCUUCGCCCGGCCUCCCACCACGUUGCCAUCCAUUUCGAUCAAAUCUCAGAGUUUCCUGCUUUCCAGGCCUUGGACUUUAGUGUCCUGAUGAGCAUCAUAGUCUUGGAUAGCUUAGCCGUGGAGUCUGAAAUGAUCGUGUACCGUGCCGUGCGCCGGUGGGUCAUGCACCGCCAGGCCGAGCGGUUGCCGAAGCUGCCUUUUCUGAUGGACCAAGUCCGCCUUGCGCUGCUGAGCCCCAAGGAACUCGUUGAGGUCCGUGCCGAAAUGGAAGAGUCGUACGAAAGUGUGUGCCUCCCUUGGGAAGAGCUGAGCGUGGAGGAACGGCUGUGGGCAAGCCGAGGCCUGCGGCGAGGCAUGUACCACGAUGGGGUGGUCUGUGUGGGGCUUCCAAAAUGGAGUGCGGUGAACGUGGGCGACGAGGAGCUGGAUUCCCACGUCCACUUCUUUGACCCUUCUGUCGAACGCUGGGAGCAGCUCCCCGACCUCAAGACCUUGACGUCCCCCAGUUGCGUCUCCGUCGGCCACAAGCUCUACAUCACUGGCGGGCAGCGUUUGGACGGCUCCUAUUCGGACGCCUUGCAGGUCUACGAUACGAUCGGAAGCUGCUGGACCCAGUUGCCGUCCAUGUCCGCAGCUCGAGCUGGACAUGCUUUCCUCGUGUGCCGGAAAAAGCUGUAUGUUGCCAGUGGAUGGGACAUCACUGGGAGCCUGGUUUGUGCAGAGAGUUAUGACCUUGUCGGAGAAGAAUGGGCCCCCAUCGCCAGCCUCCCUUUCGCAUUAACGUAUUUUUCUUCGUUGGCACUCCGGGGCAAACUGUAUCUCAUCGGCGGGGAGAUGGGGGACUCUGAAGUCCCGAUCCCACACCGGGGAUUCCUGGUUUAUGACGUGGGAUCAAGUCAGUGGACCGAGGUCCCUGUUGCGUUUGAGUUCUACGAGGCCAGCGUCCUAGCCUUGGGCCACUCCAUCCUGGUCAUUGGCGGCCUGGUGGGGGACGGGAGCCCCGAGGGCCGCCGCUUCACCCCGCGCUGCCUCUGCCUGGGCCCGGACGGAGCUGUGCGCCCGGAGGUGUGCGUCCCGCCGCUCCCCAUCGCUAUCUCCUACCCGGGUGUCGUCCGCUGGCGCAAGAGGGUCUACGUCUUUGGCGGGGACAGCUACGACCGCUACUCUAGCGCCAUCCAUUACUGGGAGGUGGGCCAGGAGAGCUGGACCCGUUGCGCGGCCGACCUCCCCGACCCCAAUUACGGGGCCUUCGGCUUUGGCUGCAUGCCGCUCAAGGUGCCCAGGAGGAACAUCCUCUCCGUUUUCCACAGGGGAUCCACCCCCAACGUGGCAGACACUUGA